CACUACAGACGAGGUCAGUCUUGCGCACACACCACACCACUGAAAUUCACGAUGAAGAAAUAACGAAUAUGAUUGGCUGUAUCCUAUGUUAUGAAUUGUGAUUGGAUAAAUCGUUCCAUGCCUUUUCAGAACACAUACCAGGAGCGUAAACGCAAGGUGUGAUAACGCAGCGUCAUGUUGACAGCACAGAAAGCGUGUGCGUCCUUGGCUGCCCAGCGGUUACUAGUCGCUGCCCGCACCGCUCCCUGUCUAGACACUUAUCAGGGCAGACGUUUCUGGACCGCGACAGCGCGGCGCGAUGAGAUCAAGCUGCACGAAAGCUGGGCUAACCUGGCCAAGAAACAGCUGAAAGGGAAGAACCCAGAGGACCUGAUCUGGCGCACGCCGGAGGGCAUCUCCAUCAAGCCAGUGUACACUAAAGUCGACUCAGCAGCUGGUGCUGAUGAACUUCCAGGCGUGUUCCCCUUCACUCGGGGUCCUUACCCCACUAUGUACACGUUCAGGCCGUGGACGAUUAGACAGUAUGCCGGCUUCAGCACAGUGGAAGAGAGUAACAAGUUUUACAGAGAUAACAUUAAAGCUGGCCAGCAGGGUCUUUCCGUGGCCUUUGACCUGCCCACUCACCGUGGAUACGACUCUGACAACCCCCGUGUUCAUGGUGAUGUGGGCAUGGCCGGUGUGGCCAUUGAUACAGUGGAGGACAUGAAACUGCUCUUCGACGGCAUUCCCCUAGAGAAGAUGUCUGUCUCCAUGACAAUGAAUGGUGCAGUCAUCCCGGUGUUAGCUAUGUUCAUUGUGACGGGUGAGGAGCAGGGUGUGGGCAAGGAGAAGUUGACUGGCACCAUUCAGAACGACAUCCUCAAGGAGUUCAUGGUGCGCAACACCUAUAUCUUUCCUCCGGAACCCUCCAUGCACGCCAUCGCUGACAUAUUUGCCUACACCUCUAAGAACAUGCCCAAGUUCAACUCCAUCUCGAUCAGUGGCUACCACUUGCAAGAGGCUGGAGCCGACGCCAUCCUGGAGCUGGCCUACACCAUUGCCAACGGACUGGAGUACUGCAGAACUGGGCUCAAAGCUGGCCUGACCAUUGAUGAGUUUGCACCCAGGUUAUCCUUUUUCUGGGGCAUUGGCAUGAACUUCUACAUGGAGAUUGCCAAACUGCGGGCUGCCAGGCGCCUGUGGGCCACGCUGAUCAAGGAGAACUUCCAGCCCAAGAACUCCAAGUCCCUGUUGCUACGGACCCACUGCCAGACCUCGGGGUGGUCCCUCACUGAACAGGACCCAUACAACAACGUGAUCCGCACGGUCAUCGAGGCCAUGGCGGCAGUGUUCGGCGGCACCCAGUCCCUCCACACCAACUCGUUUGAUGAGGCGCUAGGCCUACCCACCGUCAAGAGUGCCCGCAUCGCCCGCAACACCCAGAUCAUCAUCCAGGAGGAGUCGGGCAUCCCCAAGGUGGCAGACCCGUGGGGUGGCUCUCACAUGAUGGAGGUGCUCACUAACGAUGUCUACGAUGCUGCGCUGAAGUUCAUCAAUGAGAUCGAGGAGAUGGGGGGAAUGGCGCGGGCAGUGGCUGAGGGUAUCCCCAAACUGCGCAUUGAGGAGUGUGCUGCCCGAAGACAGGCACGCAUCGACUCAGGGUCAGAGGUCAUUGUUGGAGUAAACAAGUACCGUCUGGAGAAAGAGGAGACGGUGGAAGUGUUGGCAAUCGAUAACACCAUUGUGCGCAACAAGCAAAUUGACAAACUUAAAAAGGUGAGAGAGACUCGUGAUCCUGAGGCUGUGAAGAGAUGCUUGACGGCCAUCGAAGAGUGCUCUCGCACCAGGGAAGGCAACCUCUUGGCAUUGGCCGUGGAGGCAUCCCGGGCAAGAUGCUCUGUGGGUGAGAUCACUGAUGCCAUGAAGACCGUGUUCGGAGAGCACAAGGCAAGCACGCGCAUGGUGAGCGGCGCUUACCGCAGUGAGUUCGGCGAGUUGGAGGAAAUUUCCCUGGCCCACAAACGGGUGGUGCAGUUCAAAAGUCAUGAGGGCAGAAACCCGCGUCUCCUGGUGGCCAAGAUGGGGCAAGACGGCCAUGACCGGGGGGCAAAGGUCAUUGCCACAGGAUUCGCUGAUCUGGGCUUCGACGUUGACAUUGGACCACUCUUCCAGACGCCCCUGGAGGUGGCUCAGCAGGCGGUAGACGCGGACGUGCACUGCGUCGGAGUAAGCACGCUGGCGGCCGGCCACAAGACGCUGGUCCCCGAGCUCAUCAAGGAGCUGAGGAACAUGGGCCGUCCUGACAUCAUGGUCAUCUGCGGCGGAGUCAUCCCACCCCAGGACUAUGAGUUCCUGUACGAGAGUGGGGUGUGUUGUAUCUUCGGGCCAGGGACCAGAAUCCCACAGGCAGCUGUGGAGGUCGUCGACAACAUUGAGAAAAGUCUGGAGAAGAAUCGGCAGGCCAUGUAAACACACAAGCUAUAUUUAGAAUGCUGGAAUUUGCUGUGGCCUUCUGACACAAGUGUUUAGAGAGGUUUUUUUUUAUGUUUGUAGCAGCAGGGGUUGAGAUUUAAUACAGAAGCCAGAAUAGACUUGCCUCUUUCCACUGGUCUGAACUGCUCUGAAUUCAUACUCAUCAUUGCCAUCACUCUGAACACUUUAAUGACUGUUUGUUUGAAGUAGCAAGGGAAGAUAUUUUGUUCAUAGGCUAAAGUGUACUUCUGUCUAUCGAAGCGAUUUCUGACUCGGCAGCCAUUUUUGUAAAACAUAUUUUCAAUACUUACACAUGAGGACUUUAUUUUAGUUUUUGGGUUGAACACGAUUUUUGUGACAUUUGACUAAUUUCUAUGUGUGAUGUCAAUGAAGCUGCUGUAGCCCUGUUGUCUUUCCACUGAACCAAAUCUUGGCAUCAUUCUGAAAUACUAAAAUGUUGGUUCAUUUUCAACUUCCUCGUUGACAUUUAAUUUUGGCCAUCCUUAUUCAAUAUUACACUCAAAAGUAGGCUACUUAUUGUUACAAAUGAUGAUGAUCUGUGUGUAACGUCAAUCAGAGAUUGCCCCCCACACACACACACACACACACCACCACCCCCAGGGCAGGAUCAAAGCCUUCUGUUCUCUGAUCCUGCCCUGGUUAAGGUCCACUCGGCGGAUGAAAGUGUAAUGGCGCGAGGUAAUUCUCUCUCUCUCUCCGUCUGUCUCCAUUCUUCUCUCGCUCUUCCUGUUCCCAUUUCGUCCUUCCCUCACUCCUCUCUUCCUCCCUCCCUCUCGCCCUCCCUCACUUGCUUUCCUUCUGUUUGACUGUUUCCCUUCCUAUCUCACCACACUCCAUCGCUCUCUCUCUCUCUCUCUCUCUCUCUCUCUCUCUCUCUCUCUCUAAAACACACACACACACACACACACAUAGACUUUAUUUUCUGUGUCCCACCCCAUUGGUGGGAAGUUGGGAACUUUUUGCAUCCUAAACCACAGUGGAGUCCACUGCAAAUGUUCUUGUGUGUGUGUAUAUCAGGCCCAGUCACACACAUUCAUUGGCUUAGUAUUACUACCCUGUUGUUGUUGUUAUUAUUGUUGCUGUUAUGCUUUCCCCCUAUUUUCCCUCCCUGUUAUGUUUUUCCUCUUCUAUUUCUUGCUUUUGCUUUCUUCAAUUCUUCUUUCUUUUUUCAAUCUAUUUUCAUCUCUUCUUCAAAAUAAUAAUAAAAAAAAAAAAACUCAUGACCACUAUGAUUAUAACCAUAAAGGGUUGGGUUGUAAUCCACAUCAGGCCGGAUCCAAGUCAGACUCAUUCCGUCUGCUUUUUGGCAGAGGACCAUGAUCGGUCAGCUAAAGACUGGGGCUGUAAUGUGUCAAGGCCACUUAUCAGCCCUACUCUCCAUUGUGUUGUCACUUUGGCAACUGAGAGCACUAAUUCUGCCUUUGCAAUAGUAAGCUGUCAGGACUGUCUGUUUGCCUGUUCCUUUUGCCCAAGCUGCCACCUCCUCUUCCACAGACACAUUGAUCUAAUCGGGACACAUAUUUAGUGGAUCUCUAUGGACAGUCUUGAAUUUCCCCUGGGGAUCAAUAAAGUAUCUAUCUAUCUAUCA